AUGAAGGUUUUCGUUUGUUUGUUGUCGAUUACGGCAAUCGCUUCCGCCGGCUUCCUUGGAGGUGGUGGCGGUGGUGGUGGAGGUGGUGGAUGGUCUAGCGGCGGAGGAGGUGGUGGCCAUGGAGGUGGUGGCGGUGGAGGUGGCUCCGUGAAGAUUAUCAAGGUUAUUAGCCAAGGAGGUGGUGGAGGAGGAGGAGGUGGUGGCGGUGGAUGGUCCAGCGGCGGAGGUGGUGGUGGUGGAUGGUCCGGCGGUGGCGGUGGAGGUGGUGGUCACGGCGGAUGGUCUGGCGGUGGUGGAGGAGGUGGCCACGGAGGUGGUGGUGAAGAAGUCAAGGUUAUCAAAGUCAUCCACGGUGGAAGUUCCGGCGGACAUGGAGGUGGUGGUGGCGGCGGUGGCCAUGGAGGAUACGGAGGCGGCGGCCAUGGAGGUGGUGGCCACGGAGGUGGUUCAGGAGGUGCCGUAAAAAUUAUUAAGAUCAUCGAUGGAGGUAGCUCCGGUGGUGGUGGCGGCGGCGGCGGUGGCUGGUCUUCCGGUGGUGGUGGAGGUGGUGGCUGGUCCUCCGGCGGAGGUGGUGGUGGCGGUUGGUCAUCCGGCGGCGGCGGUGGCUGGUAA